AUGGGUAAAGAAAACUUAUCAAGAGGAAAUGAUGAAAAUGAAACUAUUACUCAAGAAUUACAUUCACAAGAACCAUAUUCUCAGGUGGCUACUAUUUUACCAAACCAAGAAAAUGAACAGAUCUCAACCGGGGAACAACCUCUCAAACGAAAUACUUCUUUAGUAAAAGUCAAGAAUGCCGUAAAACGAUUUGCUUCUAUUAAUAAACAUGAAAGAAAGAGGGAUUCUGAAGCAUACCAUCAGGAUG